UCAUUUCUUCUUUUCUGUUCUCUUUUCUAGUGGGCAUAUGCUGACGUAAAAAAAUAAAUUUUUGUUUGAUGUAAAACGAGAAAUUUUUGAAGGCGUUCCAGUUUCCCGUGUCAAAUAUAAAGAUCAAUCUUAAAGUCGAGAUUAAAAAAGCAAGUUCACAAAAUAAGGGAAAAAUAAUUAAACUAUUAGAGUAUGGGAAUAUAAGGGAGGAAAGAGAGAUGUCAACGAGCAUGUGAGACUCUAAUGACUAAGGAAAGGAGGAGGUUAGAGAAAUUAGGUAUUUUGACGAUUAGUGAAGGAGUUUACAUUUUGAAAUUUACGCUGGAUUGUAUGUUAUUUUGUAAACAAAGCGAAAUGUCAUUUUGAUUUAUACAACAAAAGCUAUUCAUUUAUACAACAAAAAACUUCGUCCUACUAUCGACAAAAAUUUUUUUUUUAAUUGGUGCUCCAAUAUUCUUCUUAGAAAUUUUAUAUUUAUUAGUUAAAUUUUGAAGUAUGCAUAUUGUUUUAUUUGCUAAUUAAUGCAAAAGGCUAUAUCUGAGACUAGAGAAGAUCAAGAUAUAACUCUUCAAUUUUAUCGUGUAACUGUUUUACUUGAACCUAUAACUGAAUCUUCUUGGUAUGAAAUGAAGCGAGAGCAACAAAAUCUUCCAGCUUUUUCUGAUGCAAAUAAAUUGGCUUGUUCAUUUUGUUUGGAUGAAUUGUCUCCUUCAAUAACUUAUGCUAAAUGUUUGGAUUGUGAGCAGUGUGAAGUACUUAUUUGUAUUGAGUGUCUACGUAUGGGUAUGGAAUCGCAUCCUCACACUCGAUCUCAUCGUUACACUUUUUGUGAUGCAAUUGGACCCCCUACAUUUUUCGAAAAUGAUACUCAAACUCCUUGGGGAGCACAAGAAGAUUUGCAACUUUUAAAUGCUCUUCUACACUCACAUUUAAAUCAAUGGCCUGAAUUAAGCAAAGAUUGGGGAAGAAAGAAGACGUUAGCAGAUGCUUUGGAACGUUUGGAUAAAUGUUUUAUACGCGGUCCGAUAGGCCAAUAUGUUUUGAAAAAUUAUUCUCGUGGUUAUGUCAAAGAUUGGUCCGAGAACGAUGAGCAAAACCCAGAUUCUGAUUAUUUGGCUACUUGUAGUGAUAUUACUCUCCCUUCUACUUCUACUAGUACUAAUGUUAUGAAAAAUGAUCUUGAAUGUGAUGGGAAUACGAGGAAUGGAAAAAUGGAAGAAUCGGAUGAAGAAUUGCCCGAAAUUGUUGAAAAACGAAAUUCAUCACAAGAAUUGAUAACUGACAAUAAUGAGAUGGCUAGCAAUGGAGUGCUAGAAAGAAAAUCCAGAAAAGAACAAUUACUUGCUGCUGCAAAAAAUGUUGCUGCUGAAGCAAUACGUGGUAAAUCACGAAAAACUUCUUUGGAACUUUCCGAAGCAGCAAUUAAUUUGGAUGGAAAUAGUAAUGGGGAAGCUAGUAGUGUCAAUAAUACUCCAAACAAAAAGAAUCAACAAAUUAAAGAGAAAAAAGAAUUUUUGUCUUCUGAACAAAUAAAGCUACUCUAUGCAAGUUCCAAAUACAACCCAUAUUUUUACAAUCAUCCACCGCAUCCAAUGGAUGCCCACACAGUUGCAAAAUUUGAUGAAGAAGAUUUACAACUUUUAACUUAUUUACCUUAUCGAGAUGAAUUUGAGACGGAAUAUAAGAAUGAAGCUGAACAAUUAAUUACACAACUUGUAUUUUUGGCAGAAAAUGAACAAACAACAGAAUCUGACAGAUUUUUGAAUGAAGUAAACUUUGCCCGUUUCAAUCGUUAUAAUCGUUUAAUGCGUAUACGCGCAGCAAAACGUGCUAUUAUUUUGGAACAUCGAAUGUUGGCAGAAUAUUUAAAUAUUGUUAAGACAAACAUUUCUGAAAAAGGAAAAUAUUUGGUAUUUCCUGAUCGUUAUUUUUCUACAAAAAGUAAAGAAGAUGCUUAUCGCCCAAUAUUUGCACAAUUAAGACAAGUUGCAGAUAGAGAAACAAUUAAUCAUUUGGCUAAAGAUGUUGCUGCAAUGGAAACAUUAAAGGAUCAAAUUGAAGAAUUAAAAAUGUUACAAUCUAAAGGAAUUACAAGAGUAAAAGGUCGUUUAAAAGUUGAUUUGGCUUCAAUGAUAUGGUCAAGAAAACGAAGGACUAGAAAAACGGAGAAUGCUGAAAUGAGAAAAGCAAGUUUGCGAUGGAAGCGUAUCAAGAGAUGGACAAAACGUACACAUUUGCAACAACAAUUGGAUGAACCAGAUGAUGAUGAUGACCAAUAAAAAAGUGGGAGAAUAUGUUUUGAGGUGGGUGUGUUUUUUAAUUAAAUUUUUUAAAUUUUUAACGGUAUUUUAAUGGGGUAAAUUUUUUGUAUAUUUCUUCUAAAAGCGCGCGCCCAAACAUUACCAACACACCCGUAUUAAUUUUUUUAUUUUUUCUUGGUGGUCUGACUAUCUUUUCCUUAAGUUUUUAAAACUAUUCUAUUUCUGUUUCACUUUUUUCUCUACUCUAAAAAUUUUUCUUUUUUACUUUGUUAAUUUACAAAAGUUUCAAAAAAAAACUUUUUUUUUUCUCUGUAAAUUUUAUUAUCAAAAUUUUGUAAAUUAAUAUAAAGAAAUAUAUAUUAAUUAUUAUUUAACUAGAAUGGAGGGAUUAUUUUGUGAGAUUAUUAGAUAUAAUUAAAAAAAUAAAAUAACUGGGAUAUAAAAUUUAAAAGAAAAAAAAUAGAGAGGUUAUUUGAAUAUUAUUUUUUGUGUGGAGAUCAAGAAAAAUUUGGAAAAAAAAGUAAAAGAAAAAGAUAACAAAAAAAUGGUAGAGAUAUGUAAAAAAAUAUUUGGAUGGAAUGUUAGUAAAUAUUAGAGCUGUCCGAGACUCUUGGUCUUCGAACCAAGACUUUUCUUGGUUUUUUUCGGUCUUGGAGUUUUGGUCUUGUGUCUUGGUCUUGGAAAAAAUUUUGUCUUGGGUCUUGAGUCUUGGAAAAAUUUCGGUCUCGGACAGCUCUAGUAAAUAUAAAAUGUUUGGCUUAAUUUUUAGAUAAUUUUUGGAAACAAUUUUAUAGAUUUUUUGGAAUGAUUAUAGGUGCGUUUUAAAGGUUGAUAUUGUGUUGUUGUUUUUAUUAAAUUCCGAAUAAUAAUACUAUUAUCUAUGUA